CUGCCUCCCCCUCCCGGCCUGCGCUCCUCUCCCCGGCUCCUCCACCCCUCCCGCUGCCUGCUCAGGAUUGUGUCCCUGGGAUCGUGAGCUGUGGUUUAAAAAUCCCCUCCCUUCCUCCGUUGGAUGUGCUCCGUGUGUGUCUCGCUCCCGCCUGUGUGUGAGGAUGCUUGGGGCUGUGUUGGCAUGAACUUGGGCAGGGGUGCUUAUUUCUCGCAGAAAACUGUUUCCGUGUUGGUUGUUUAUGUUUUUGUUUUUAUUUUCUUCAUUUCACUUUCCCCUCCACCUUACCCUGCCCUUUAUUUGGAAUGGGAGAGGGCUGGGGCUGGAGGACCCAGAACCGCAGGGUCAUUGCUGCCAUCAUCCUUUAGGAAGCUUAGCUUGGAAAAAGAGGAGUGAGAUUUAUUGCACUUGUAGGUCUAAUUAGGGGGAGGGGGGCUUCUGGCCUGUUCACUGGUUCCCUCUCCCCUUCUGGGAUCUGGGGCCGCCUCCUCCCGAGCUGUGGCCUUGUUUUCACCCCACUACUUUGAAAGGAAAGUUUGUGACUGAACCCUGCCUUCAGAGUAUUGUCAUUUUUAGAGCUUGAUACUCGUUUUAUUUCUUCAUCAAACUCCACCCUCUGCUUAAAUACUGCAUACAAAUUACAAUUUACAACGGCAUUUACCGAUCCUUCUGAUUUGGCUUUAAUGCAUAGACUGCAGCUGGCAUCAGCUUCUGCGUCAUUUAAUCGAUGUGUUGUAUGGGUUUUUUUUUUAUUAAACACAACUUUUGAUGCUGAAUCUGGAUAUGCUUCAUGUUCAUGUGGCAUGAGAUGGAGCACUUUUCUUACAAAUAUAUUUAGCGGUUUAUAGUUAAAGUUUAUCUCCUGACAACCAUUAAAGAUAUCUUAUAGUCAAAUUAGUGAACCAGUCAAUUUUGCAAAAUGUAGAUUACUUCUUCUUGUAAUUGACUUCAAAAUUAUAUUUUAUAUGUCACAAGAAAAUAAAUUGAAUUCCUUCAGAUCUCAAGGAGAAGGCAAAUAUGACGACUUCAUUUCUAGCUCCAGGGAGAUUCUGUAGGCAUCUGGGGGGAAAAAAAACAACAACUUUGAAUUGUGAUCUCAUUUAAUUGAAAAAUAACUGCCAAGUUCAAAACUAUAAUUAGAAAAAGUAUUCUCACCAUUGUGUUUCAAGAACGUAGAUUGCACUGGAACUCUCUUUGGAAUUAGAACCAAAGAAAACAGAGCCCAACCUGAAAUAGGAGAGCUCUGUGGACAUGGACCUAUCUCUACUAAUUUGUUGUGGGUGGGAGGGAGAGUUCAGAAGCCCUAACUUUCCCUAAAGUUGUCUUUGUUUACAUGGCAAUUUAAAAUGCUGGCGCUGUCGAAGUAAAACAUACACAUAAAAAAAAAAAACUUUGGUCAGCUUUAAGAACUCACAGCAUGCUUACGUUUUGCAUUCAGAUGGUUAAUGAAUCCAGUGUUUUUGCAGUUGCAAGCUCGUGCAUUCACUGGGCAAAAGCUGGCUGCAGUGGCACCGCGCAGGACAGACAUUAAUUAUAUUUCCUACUUUUUUCAAUAAUGUUUGGCUACUCGGUUCAGCGAGGAAGAAUGCCUCCAACCCAGCCCAAUCCAGGCCAGUACGCACUCACAAACGGGGACCCCCUCAAUGGCCACUGCUACCUGUCCGGCUACAUCUCGCUGCUGCUGCGUGCAGAGCCCUACCCCACGUCUCGUUAUGGCAGCCAGUGCAUGCAGCCCAACAACAUCAUGGGCAUCGAGAACAUCUGCGAGCUGGCCGCGCGCCUCCUCUUCAGCGCCGUCGAGUGGGCCCGCAACAUCCCCUUCUUCCCGGAUCUGCAGAUCACCGACCAGGUGUCUCUGUUACGCCUCACCUGGAGCGAGCUGUUCGUGCUCAACGCGGCCCAGUGCUCCAUGCCCCUGCACGUGGCGCCGCUGCUGGCCGCUGCGGGCCUCCACGCUUCGCCCAUGUCCGCGGACCGCGUCGUGGCCUUCAUGGACCACAUUCGCAUCUUUCAGGAACAGGUGGAGAAGCUCAAGGCGCUGCACGUCGACUCUGCCGAGUACAGCUGCCUCAAAGCCAUCGUGCUGUUCACGUCAGAUGCCUGUGGCCUGUCGGAUGCUGCCCACAUCGAAAGCCUGCAGGAAAAAUCGCAGUGUGCCCUGGAGGAGUAUGUGAGGAGCCAGUACCCCAACCAGCCCAGCCGCUUUGGCAAGCUGCUGCUGCGAUUGCCCUCUCUUCGCACAGUGUCCUCCUCCGUCAUUGAGCAGCUCUUCUUCGUCCGUUUGGUAGGUAAAACCCCCAUCGAAACUCUCAUCCGAGAUAUGUUGCUGUCCGGGAGCAGUUUCAACUGGCCUUACAUGUCCAUCCAAUGCUCCUAGACCUGGGGCGUUUCCACCUGCCCCUGUACCCCACCCCCUAGAGACUAAGAGGACUCACCCAGACCAAGGACUCAAAAGCCUUGGGGAUGUGGUAUGAUGGACCAGGCAGGCCAGGCAGAGGGGAGGAGGGCUGGGGACAGGAGCAGCCUACUCUGCAGGAAUGUAGUCUGAGCUGAGAACUAGGAGGAAAAAGACUUAUUGAGGGUCUGAUGUAUAAUGUAAGUACAUUGGAGAGGAAAGAAAAGGACCUCGUGUCUGGUGAGAAAAUGAAAACAAAUUUUUCGAAGAAAGGACCAUGAGAAAUUUAAUAAAAUAGAAGGACUCUAAUGGACCUUCCAGGAUUUAUUGUGGAUGGAUGUGGAUAUAUUCUGUACAGAAAACAACUCAUAUGGAAGUGGACUGAAUCCUAUGUAGAAACACACACACUGAACAUUGUUAUUCAUUUUGUAAAAUACUAGUCUUUAUUUUCAUUUUUUUGUAAAAUUUAAACAUCGUAUGCGCAUAAAGAAAAAGGAACAAGAUUAGGGGAAAAUAACAUUUUCCAAAUAAUUAUAAAAAAUGUCCUGUGUCUAUGUAUCUAUAUCUGUUUUGUAUUUUUUUCUGGUUCCAAACCAGAUUUCCUGUGAUUCUAUACUAAUAAUUUUUGAUAUAACCCUUUGCUUCUUAUAAUGAGUGCGAUAUAUGUUGUCGAGGCUGUUCUUCAAGAAUUAAAAUUGAAGUGAAAAUUUAAACAAAAAUAAAAGAAUUUAGCAAAACC